GUUGAAGAAUAUGUCCAAUAUUGGGUGCGUCCUUGCCUCUAAACAGUUUGAUUGCCCAGAGAUACCAAAACGACAUUCUUGCUUGUUGCACUGGCCUUGAUCAGAAGCAAGAUGACGUCGCAGUCGUACCUAUAUAUUUGCUUGAUAAGAAGAAAGACAAACGGCACGACAUUUUAGGCAGCCGAGUAUUACUGCAAUCUGCGGAGGAAACGUCAGAAAUACUCUCCACCGAACGAGCAGGCGAAGACACAUCUAACUCCUACGAUUUCCACUUUCUCUUUCCCCAAUCUACCUCUUCAUCUAGGUAUAGUUCCUCUAGUUCUAGUCCUUUUUUUUCUUGGCUUUUUACCUCUUCGCUACUUACUCAAAUUUCUUUCUGUAGUUUCGCUGAAAUCGUUGUUGUUUCAUUAUCAGAGGAUCAAUUCCAACUUAUAACUUCAAUAUUCAACGCAAAUUUCCCAAUUUUCUUGUGUCUAAUUGUGAAAUUUCACAACUUUACUUUGCUCUCUUUGGGCGUUUCUGCUUGGUUACGUAGAAAAUUGGGGAAAAAUAAAAGAAGAAGAAUAGAAUUUCAUCAGUUUGUCCUUAGCCGAGAAAGAGAAAGAAAAAGUAGAGAGUCGUAAUGUUUGACGUUGAGGAUCCGGAUUUGAUUAGUGAUCUGCCUCAAAGCAUUAUUGAAGGCAUUCUUACCCGAUUACCCUUAAGAGAUGCUGUGAGAACGAGUAUCCUGUCCACCAAAUGGAGGUACCGAUGGGCUACUCUUACUCACCUUGUUUUCGAUGACAAAUGUGUUUCAAUGUGUAAUGAUAAAGGGCUUCUUGAGAUCAACCUCAUCAAAUUUAUCACUCGGGCACUCUUUCUUCAUCAAGGACCCAUUCACAAGUUCCAGCUUUCCACUUCGUAUUUGCAGUGUUGCCCGGAUAUUGAUCAGUGGAUACUUUUCCUUUCGCGGAGUGAUAUUAAAGAAUUGGUUCUUGAAUUAGGAGAAGGAGAGUGGUUUAGGGUGCCUUCAUGUCUUUUCAAUUGUAAGAAGUUGACCCGUUUGGAGUUAACCCGUUGUGAAUUUGAUCCGCCUCCUGGUUUUAAAGGAUUCUUAUGUUUGAAGAGUCUCAAUCUUUAUCAAGUUUUGGUUGCUCCUGAGGCUAUUGAGAGUCUCAUUUCUGGUUGUCCUCUUCUUGAGAGUCUUUCAUUGUCAUAUUUUGACAGUUUAGUUCUAAACAUCCGUGCUCCAAAUCUAAAGUACUUGUGUUUGGAGGGUGAAUUCAAGGAUAUUUGCCUUGAAAAUACCCCACUUUUAGUUGCCAUGUCUGUUGCUAUUUAUAUCACUGAUGACGUUGCUGAACACUUUGAGCAAAGUUCAAGUUGCAAUUUUAUCAAGUUUCUUGGUGGUGUUCCUCGUCUUGAGAGGCUUAUUGGGCAUAUCUACUUCACAAAGUAUUUGAGUAUAGGUGAUUAUCCAGGAAGACUUCCAAUUACUUAUAGCUACCUGAAAACAAUCGAAUUAUAUCAAGUUAGCUUUGAAGAUAUGAAAGAGAUACUUGUUGUUCUUCGCUUGAUCACAAACUCUCCUAACUUGAAGGAACUUCAAAUUUCGGGCUCCUCAAACGCUUUGGCUGCUAUAGAAGCACCUGAUUUGGAUUUUUGGAUCAAAGAGUGCCCCAAAGAUUGUACUUUUGAAAAACUUAAAAUUGUAAAGAUGACAGAAAUGUCUGGUGUGCCACAUGAGAUGGAAUUUAUCAAAUUUUUGCUUGGGAAUUCACCCGUGCUCGAGAUGAUGAGUAUUACACCUUGUGUAUAUGUCAUGGAUGGAAAACUGAAUAUGCUGAUUGAAUUGUUGAGGUUUCGUCGGGCAUCUGCUCAAGCAGAAAUUCUAUUCAUCCAAGAUUAAGAAUUGUGUAUUUCAUGUAAAGUUACUCCUGCCCUGCUGUUUUUCCUUUAUUCUUUGUGUGGAUAUAUGCUUCCAGUUGCAUUUUUUUCAUCA